AUGAAAGCAUUUGUCGCCUUCAUUGUUAUUGGAGCUGUUUUAUCAGCAAUAACGAUUCCAGUUUACUCAGUUUAUGAUACUCCAGAGCUGGCAUACUCCCACUUCAAAAAGAUUCAGAGCUACAGUAAAAAAUUCCUCCAAAUGUCAGAUGUUGCCCUUACCAAUUUCGAAGAUGCUCAAUAUUAUGGAUCACUCUUAAUAGGAACUCCACCACAGAACUUCACUGUCCUUUUUGACUCAGGAUCUUCAGAUCUGUGGGUUCCUUCAGUUUACUGCUAUUCUUCAACCUGCCGUCUCCAUCAUACUUAUAAUCAUCAAAAAUCAACCAGCUAUGUAUCCAAUGGGAAAAAGGUUACUUUUGAUUAUGGACAAGGAGGAGUCUCAGGAUAUCUUUCACAGGAUACAGUGACUUGGGGUGGAUAUAAAAUUCCAAACGUUACCUUUGCUGAAUUAACCAAUAUGCCUGGAUCUGAAUGGGGUUCAGAUAAAUUUGAUGGGCUCUUAGGAAUGGCUUGGCAAAGCCUCGCUUGCAAUGGCUGCUCUGUUGUUUUCCAAAAACUUUAUGCUACUGGUGCUUUAGGAACAAAUAACAGCUUUGCUUUCUAUUUAACCAAUGUCGACAAUAAGGCUGGCAGCACCUUAACCUUGGGAGGAUAUGAGUCUAACCUAUCUCAAAAUGAUUGGGUUUGGCAUCCUUUGCUGUCACAAACCUAUUGGCAAAUAAAACUUUCAGGAGUUUCAGUUAAUGGGAAAGCUAUAACUGGAACCAACAUGAAAGCAAUUGUUGACACAGGAACUUCCAUUCUUGUAGGAGAUGCUCCAAUUGUUGAUCAAAUCACUAGCUCCCUCCGCUAGAAAACAAGGUAUUUUUUCUGUUCAAGGAGGGAUUAAAUGAUUAGAAAAUUGUAUAUAUAAAUUCGUUUGCUUGCUCACAGAGAGGAUACUUUUCUCAAUGUUUAGACAUUUUUUAUGGGGGUAAGGAAAUCCCAGAAAUUAAGACAGACUGCUCUAACAUUAAAUCACUUCCAAAUGUCACAAUCACUAUUGAUUCUACCAACUACGUGCUUACACCUCAAAAUUAUGUCUGGAAAAUCUUCCAAGAUGGGAUCUAUGAAUGCACUAGUGGAUGGCAAGCUGCCAACUUCCCAAGCGAACUUGCUAAUACUUUGAUUUUAGGAGACCUCUUUAUUAGCACUUAUUAUACUCAGUUCGAUAUGGGAAAUAAAAGAGUAGGCUUUGCAACUGCAAUUCAAAGCUCAAGCACUUAA